AUAGAACCCAACAAUCUCUCAAUUUCUUCAUCCUUUAAUUAAUUCAAAUAUCAUAAGGGAAACAAAAAAUGGGUUCCAAGGCAUUUCUGAUUCUUGGCCUUUUUCUGGCCAUAUUUGUAAUGAUAAGUUCUGAGGUUUUUGCUAGGGAGUUGGCUGAGACUUCCACCACUACUUCUGAAGAGGAUUCCAAGAAAUCCAGUAACAAAAAUGAAGUACAUGAAGCCGAAUAUGGCGGGUACCCUGGUGAUGGCGAUGGAUACCCUGGCGGCGGCCGUGGUGGUGUUGGUGGCGGAUACCCUGGCGGUGGCCAUGGUGGCGGUGGUGGUGGCCGUGGUGGUGGUGGAUACCCUGGCCAUGGUGGUGGUGGUGGAUACCCUGUCGGUGGUAGUAAAUACUCAGGCAACCGUGGUGGUGGCGGCCGGAAGUGUUGCUCCAGAAUUUUUGAAUCUUAUGGUUUAGAAUUUUUGAAUCUUCCGGUAUUAAACAUACCAAUAAGUAGUUGCCGAAGAAGGAAAGUGUCAUUUUUUUUUAGGCCUAAAAAAAGUAAGACAAAUAAAUCGGAAAUAAUAUUUUUUGAAAAAAAAAAACAAGUUAAGAAUAACAUUCUUGAUUACUUAAUUGAUGCAGCCAAGAAAUCCAGUAACAAAAAUGAAGUACAUGAAGCCGAAUAUGGCGGGUACCCUGGUGAUGGCGAUGGAUACCCUGGCGGCGGCCGUGGUGGUGUUGGUGGCGGAUACCCUGGCGGUGGCCAUGGUGGCGGUGGUGGUGGCCGUGGUGGUGGUGGAUACCCUGGCCAUGGUGGUGGUGGUGGAUACCCUGUCGGUGGUAGUAAAUACUCAGGCAACCGUGGUGGUGGCGGCCGGAAGUGUUGCUCCUAGAUACAAAGGUGAAUAAAUAGUAAUAUAUACUUAUAUCACCUUGUACUAAUUAGUGGCAAGAUGUAGUAGUAAUAUUCUUGCUGCUUUAAAUUUGGAGCUUAUUGUAAGAAUUAUUAUCAUGAAAUAAAAGCCAUCAUGUAAUGUUUGUUAAUUAUGCUAUGGUAUGAUAAUACUUUCCUUUGGUGUUUUA